UGGGCGGGGCGCCUUUUGGCAGGUGGUCGCUGGCAGAAUGGCGGCGGUGACUGCGGCUCGGGGGUCUCAGGGAGGGCGGCGCCUCUGGCUCGGGAUCCAGAGGAAGGCAAAUUGGCAUUUUUCAUCCUCCUAUUCAUCUUCAGUGCCAACAACCAAGCUGUUCAUUGAUGGCAAAUUUGUUGAUUCCAAAAGUAAUGAAUGGAUUGAUAUUCACAACCCAGCCACCAAUGAAGUGGUUGGUCGUGUCCCCAAAGCUACACAAAGUGAGAUGGAAGCAGCAGUGGCUUCGUGCAAGAAAUCUCUCCCGACUUGGGCUGAGACAUCCAUUCUGAGUCGGCAACAAGUCUUCUUGCGAUACCAACAGCUCAUCAAAGACAAUCUGAAAGAAAUUUCAAAACUGAUCACCUUAGAGCAAGGGAAGACCCUGGCUGAUGCUGAGGGAGAUGUGUUUCGAGGCCUCCAGGUCGUUGAACAUGCUUGUAGUGUGACAUCCCUUAUGCUGGGUGAGACCCUUCCCUCCAUCACUAAAGAUAUGGACACUUACACCUACCGCUUGCCUCUGGGAGUGUGCGCAGGCAUAGCACCUUUCAAUUUCCCAGCCAUGAUUCCUCUCUGGAUGUUUCCCAUGGCCAUGGUGUGCGGGAACACUUUCUUGAUGAAGCCUUCCGAGCGGGUGCCGGGAGCCCUCAUGUUUCUUGCAAAGCUGCUGCAGGAUGCUGGAGCCCCCGAUGGGACACUGAACAUCAUCCACGGACAACACGCAGCCGUGAAUUUUAUUUGUGAUCACCCUGAUAUCAAAGCAAUCAGCUUUGUAGGAUCUAAUCAGGCUGGAGAAUAUAUCUAUGAAAGGGGUUCCAAGAACGGCAAGAGAGUGCAGGCCAAUAUGGGAGCUAAGAACCAUGGAGUAGUGAUGCCAGAUGCCAAUAAGGAGAACACCCUGAAUCAGUUGGUUGGAGCAGCUUUUGGAGCAGCUGGGCAACGUUGCAUGGCAUUAUCCACAGCAGUCUUGGUGGGAGAGGCUCGGAACUGGUUGCCCGAACUGGUGGAGAGAGCCAAGAAGCUGCGAGUUAAUGCAGGAGACCAGCCUGGAGCAGAUCUGGGGCCGCUGAUCAGUCCCCAAGCCAAGGAGCGUGUCUGUCAACUGAUUGACAGUGGAGCAAAGGAGGGAGCUAGCAUCCUUCUUGAUGGACGAAAUAUCAGAGUGAAAGGUUUUGAAAAUGGCAAUUUUGUUGGACCGACAAUCCUUGCGAAGGUCAAGCCCAAUAUGACCUGCUAUAAGGAGGAAAUCUUUGGACCAGUUCUAGUGGUUCUGGAAGCAGACAGUCUGAAUGAAGCCAUUGAAAUAAUCAAUAAAAAUCCUUAUGGGAAUGGAACAGCCAUCUUUACCACCAAUGGUGCCACUGCUCGGAAGUACUCUCACUUAGUAGAUGUUGGGCAGAUUGGUGUGAAUGUUCCAAUUCCAGUGCCUUUGCCAAUGUUCUCCUUCACUGGUUCUCGCGGGUCUUUCAGGGGGGACACCAAUUUCUACGGCAAACAGGGGGUACAUUUCUACACACAGCUGAAGACAAUCACUUCUCAGUGGAAGGAGGAAGAUGCUACUGAUGCCAAGCCUGCCGUCGUUAUGCCAACCAUGGGGAACUAAAGCACCUUGUUAAAUUUGCUCAAGAUGCUGCUGAAAGUAUUCUUCACCCACUGAUGCAAGCUGCUCUUGGAUAUUCCCUGUUGCCAUUGUUGCCCUAGA